UUACUCGUGUUACUUCCUAGUGAGUGCCUACCGAUUCGAUUAGUGUUUGGUAGCAGUCCAUAUCGAAAGAGGUGGGUGAGCGGGCGAAGACACUCUCAGAGAUGACGGGAUGUUCCGUCAUCAAGGCGCGAUUCUUUCCUUCGUCUGAAAUUAGAUUAUUCAGUGGAAAUAACUGUAAAAGACUCUCGUUUUCGAAUCGAACUCUCUUUUCUCCCAUCCGAUUCCCACGAAUCUUGCCAACCAUUAGAGCAGCAGCAACCAUGGAAAGCGAGCAAAGGGAUAGUGUCAACAGCGGAGUCAACCCAGUGAUGAAGUUAUUGUUUGUCGAGAUGGGCGUAGGCUACGAUCAACAUGGCCAAGACAUUACUGCAGCAGCAAUGCGGGCCUGCAAGGAUGCUAUCUCUUCCAAUUCAAUUCCUGCAUUCCGAAGAGGGAAUAUCCCAGGUGUUUCAUUUGAGCAGAUGAAGCUUCAGAUCAAGCUUGGGGUUCCUCGACCUCUCCAACAAUUUCUCGACAUUGAGAGGGUCAAGUCUGUCUUUCCUUAGUGAGUAGUUCUUUACUCACACCGUUGUU